AUGCCACGCACCCUGUCAACGCUACGCACCCCGUCAACGCCACGCACCCCGUCAACGCCACGCACCCUGUCAACACCACGCACCCUGUCAACGCCACGCCCCGUCAACACCACGCACUCUGUCAACACCACGCACUCUGUCAACACCACGUACCCUGUCAACACCACGUACCCUGUCAACACCACGUACCCUGUCAACACCACGUACCCUGUCAACGCCACGCACUCUGUCAACACCACGUACCCUGUCAACACCACGUACCCUGUCAACACCGCGCACCCUCUUGGAUCCCCGAGUGUACACAGUAUCGUGAGAGCAGACCACCUCAAGAGUACAGUCACCACCACUAUGGCUGGUCUAGUUUCUCUACACAACACAUCUCAUCUUCUUCAGCAGCACGGACCCGUGUUUGGCGGCAACACAAUGAGUGGCUCGCAGAUGUCGCAGUGGUCAGGAAUGGGCAGCAGUUAUGGCCUGGGCGGCACCACUCCUCUCAGUCCAAUCUACCGCCUGCAUGAUCUACCCUUUUCUGUCUCAGCCAAUACUGGAACUGGACCAUACCCCAGCCUGCACCAACAUUACCCUCAGCAGGCCCUCGUGUCCCCGCCCAUGUCACCGCCGAAGGAAGGCGAAGCGAACUCGUGGUGGAGCAUGAGUGGCCCCACAAAUACUCCUUCACCACCUACCCACAACUACCAGCAGCAGCACCCUAGUGUGGCUGCACCGUCCGGCUUUCCUCACGCCUUACCUCAGCCGGUAUCAUACGGCAUGACACAGGAAGCACUCCUUCACCACCAGAGCCAGAUUGCUGCUGCACUUCUCAAGACACAAAAUGCUGUCAAUGUUCGACGGUGUCGCCGCUGUCGCUGCCCCAACUGUCAGGACGCCUCGCAAGACAAUCAAGCUGCCAAGAAGAAGCAACACAUAUGUCACGUGCCCGGCUGUGCUAAGGUGUAUGGUAAAACCUCUCACUUGAAGGCGCACCUGCGCUGGCACGCCGGCGAACGGCCCUUCGUUUGUCAGUGGCUGUUCUGCAACAAAGCGUUCACCCGCUCAGACGAGCUUCAGCGCCACCUUAGAACACAUACGGGAGAAAAACGUUUCCAGUGUGUGGAGUGUGGCAAACGUUUCAUGCGGUCUGACCACCUCAACAAACACGUCAAAACCCACGAGAACCGCCGCGCACGCGCAGUAUCCAAUACCCCAGACCAUCUCGACAUAGAGAACUGCGAUGAUGAUGAUGACGAAGACGACGACGACCAACUUCCCCUUGAUAACGAGCUGCCAACCUUGGAGGACCAACUGCCUGACUCGCCCAUCUCAGAGACGGAGCUGCCAGACUCCAGCACCAGCGACGCCGGCCCAACACAUCCCUACACACACCGCCAGAUGAUUAUACCAUUUAUUACCACCACACCAGACACAACCAAUAUUAGUACUACAGAUAUAACUUUUCAAAAUAAACCUUUACCAUAA